AUGUUUGAACGACAACUCCAGAUGUUCUGUGCUUUUAAUAAAUGGUAUUUCAGUUCGAAACUCAUUCCGAGCUACUUCCAGUUCCUUUCUGCAGCAUGCACAAUUCUGAUGGUUUCUCGAGCUGUGGCUCCGACCGCCCUCCUUCUUGCUAUUUUGGCGACAACCCUAGCUCAACAGGAGAGAAUUAUGGGUGCAAUGCCGUCACGAUACACAUUUUACCAUGAUCGAGGCUAUGAAUAUGCACCACCGCUUACUCUGUACAGAAAAGUUGGUGCUAGACCGGUUUCGAAGCGUAACAAUGCAGAAGUGGUGAAUCAUAUCCUUAAGAACUUCGGCACUCUGGAUCGACUUGGUGAUGUCGGCAAGUAG